CAUACCAAGCUUACAAAAGGGGGGUAAUAGGGUAGAGACCCAAGUUUCUCCGUUUUCACAUACUAGUUUCUUUUGCUAGUUGCUAUUCUAUCUUUGCCUCUUGUGUAAUGGACUCUGUUGCUCUGUUUUGUACUGGGGCUCUCCUAGCCGGCGGUAUCUACUGGUUUGUUUGCAUUCUCGGCCCUGCAGAGCAAAAGGGAAAGCGAGCCGUCGAUCUUUCCGGAGGCUCGAUCUCCGCCGAGAAAGUCCAGGACAACUACAAGCAGUAUUGGUCAUUCUUUCGCCGCCCCAAAGAGAUCGAAACCGCCGAGAAAGUCCCCGACUUCGUUGACACAUUUUACAAUUUAGUCACCGAUAUAUAUGAGUGGGGCUGGGGCCAGUCCUUCCAUUUCUCACCAUCCAUCCCCGGCAAGUCCCACCGCGAUGCCACGCGCCUCCACGAGGAGAUGGCCGUCGAUCUCAUCGAUGUCAAACCGGGGGAUCGAAUUCUCGACGUCGGAUGCGGGGUCGGCGGGCCCAUGCGUGCAAUCGCCGCCCACUCGCGUGCGAAAGUCGUCGGCAUCACGAUUAAUGAGUAUCAGGUGAACCGCGCGCGUAUGCAUAACAAGAAGGCCGGGAUAGACUCGCUCUGCGAGGUUGUCUGCGGGAAUUUCCUCGAGAUGCCUUUCCCGGACAACAGCUUCGACGGUGCGUACUCGAUCGAAGCGACCUGUCACGCGCCGAAGCUCGAAGAGGUUUACGCCGAGAUCUUUAGGGUUUUGAAGCCUGGAUCUCUAUACGUUUCGUACGAGUGGGUGACGACGGACAAGUACAGGGCCGAGAACCCUGAGCACGUGGAGACGAUUCAGGGGAUUGAAAGAGGGGACGCCUUGCCUGGUCUUAGGAGCUACCUGGAUAUUGCAGAGACGGCGAGGAAGGUAGGGUUCGAGGUGGUGAAGGAGCGAGAUCUGGCAAAGCCACCGGCUCAGCCGUGGUGGACAAGGUUGAAGAUGGGCAGGAUCGCCUACUGGAGAAACCACAUUCUAGUCACUGUGCUCGCGGCCUUGGGAAUCGCACCUAAAGGAACCGUGGAUGUCCAUGAGAUGUUGUUCAAGACCGCUGACUAUCUGACCAGAGGCGGUGAGACUGGAAUCUUCACUCCAAUGCACAUGAUCCUCUGCCGGAAGCCCGAUUCCCCUCCCUCUUCCUGACUAACUAAUUAGUUCUGGAGGUAAAACGCACACCUCUCAAUCUGUCCUACUGCCUCCUGUUCUACCUCCUCUCUUCCUGGUACUCCUAGUUUUUUUUUUUUUUUUUCUUUCUUUUUAGUUCUAAUUUUAUUAUGUUAUUGUAAUUUUGUUUUCGAAUUUAUUUGAAUUUCAUGGUUGAAUAUUUGAUUUCCA